AUGGCUCGCGCCAAGAAGUCGAAGCCUGCCCCAAGGGCCGCACGUCGCCGUGGGGUGAUCUGCCCUGGCUGCUCAACAGAGCUUGCGCUCCACGGUAUGGUCUCCGAUUCUGACGCGUUCGUCUAUGCUAGCAAGACGGACAUGCACAAGCUCGGAAUCAACUGCAAGAAUGACGCCUGCAUUCUCUGUAUCGAGGGUGUCAUUGACGCCGACAAGAAGGCGCCUGUCAACCCCAUCAUCAGGCGAUGCGUCCAGUCCGCGGAGAAGCAGCGCGCUGCAAUCAAGGCUGCCAGUAAAGAGAAGAGAAAGGAAGAGAAGAAGCAAGAGAAGAAGAGAAAGGAGGAACAUGAGGCUGUGGAGUACGCAAGGUACAAUCCAUUCUCGGGCAGCAGAGAAGAGGAAAUCAAGAAUGCAAUCCAGGAGAGGAAGAGGCAGAGGAAAGAAACUAAGAAGACCCUCAAGCGCUGGAAGGGCAUCAAGAAACACGCGGACGAACUAGAUCAGCUGAUCCCUCUCUUCGAGGAGUAG